CCUACCAGGGACGCCCAUCAACACAACUUGUGCAAGUAGUGAGGGCUUUCUUGUGUCAAAUAAUUUGUGAUUUGUUUGGAUAUUCCUCAAAGUUACUCACUUCUGCUGAACUUCUAGUAUGCUAGGUUCUUGGCUGAAGGGUUUAUGGUGACCUCAACGACACGAUAAUGGCCAGCUUCCAGUCCGAGCUUCACUAUUGGACAAUUAAGUACAACAUAGCUGCACCAGACUCAGACAUUGGUUGUCACUGCUACCAUGACAAGGGAGAAACAGCAAAUGGUGAUCAGCUGUACUACAGUGAGCAUCAACACUACAUUGAAAGCUGUGACAUGAUCUGGACUCCAAGGAACAAGCGACCAGACAAACUGAGGGACAACUUGAAGGAGUUUGAGGAACUUCUUGCCACAAACAAGUGUGUGCUGACAAAAUGGAAAGGAAGGCAUCAGCUACAGUUGUUCCUGAGCAAUGCCUGCUUCGUCACCGUGUUUGUUGCUGCCCACAGCGGUGAUGUGGAGAGAAUCAUCAUAGAUAAGUCCCUGCAGGCUAAACUGAGUGCAGACACAAUAAAUGAUGCCCUGAUCACAGACCACUAUCUGGUCUUUGCCUUCCCAACGUUGGCCAAGCUUGCCCUUGUGCAGCUAACCCGGAAACCAGGCACUGGGGAGGUCAGCAGGAGACCGGAAAGGGUCGACAAACUCUCUGCUCUGGACCCAAAGAUUAGUUAUGUUGAUCUCCCUGGACCAACUGGAAGAAGAGUUGAGAGGAGGCUCUCUAUGAACACUCUGCAAGAUAUGGUGAUAGUGUGGUGGCCGACUGCGAGUGAGGAGGUCUGGCCUUGGUCUCCCAUGUCAUCAGAGAAGGACAGGGCUAACCUGGUCCUACUCAGCUGUAAUGGGGUGAAGCUUGAGAUGCUGUGUUACAUCAGGACGGAGUGUGAGCCAAUCAGCGCUCACUUCAGUCUGAACCAGCCACACAGGGUCUACACUGUGGAGAAGUCAUCAAACGUGGACGGCAAACCCACCGUCGACAGCUGCAUAUACGAGUGCUCCAAAAACAAGAUCCAGAGAGUUGCGGUUACCACCAUCCCCCUAAAGAGUCCCAUUGUGGGACAGGGAAGAAACCCAGCAGAAGACAAGUUAGUGUUGUCAUGUGAGGACAGGUCCCUGGUGUUGUAUGACGACCACAGGAGGGUGACAGAGUGCACCCAGGCCAUGUUCCCUGCACCCUUCCUAUCCUGGCACCCUUCUGGCUGUGUGUUUGCUAUCUCCAACCACAGAGGAGAAGUACAGGUUUUAGACAUGGCCUUGGGAACCAUCAACAUCCAGUUGUUAGCAGAGGAACCCUUCUUCCCAGCUGACCUUAAACACCACCAAUACUUCAGAAAUGCUGCCCAGUUAGGGAGACUGCAGUGGACUCCAGCCACUGCCAUGAGCUCCUCCAUGGACUGGACAGGCGACUGCUACGACUCGGUUCUUCUGGUGUUUGACAAGGGGCCGCUGGCACUGUUAAGAUUUCACCUUGGAGUCUUCAGCAGAGGAAGACUAGGUGCCCAGGAGCUGAUUGCAGAAUUUUUGAAAUGUGGACAAGUUGAUCAGGGUGUGAACCUCCUUAAUGCCUUGAACUGGAACACUGCUGGGGACACGUGUCUCACCUGCCUCAACAUGGUCUUCCACCACCUCAUGAAGCAGAAACUCAACGCAGAGAGGGAAGCCCAGCUGGAGAUGUGCCUGGGCAGUUUCUAUGCCCCGACGCGACCGCUGUCUGAGGUGACUGUCCUAGAGUACAGGGACCCCAUCAGUAGACUAGCACGGAGGUUUUUCCACCAUCUUCUCAGGUACCAGAGGUUUGAAAAGGCAUUUCUUCUUGCUGUGGACAUUGGAGCAAGGGACCUUUUUAUGGAUAUUCACUAUUUGGCAUUAGACAAUGGAGAAACUGCUCUUGCAGGAGUAGCCAGGAAGAAGGCUGAGGAGAUAGAACUGGAGUCAGUCACAACAGAUCCGCCCAAUGAAGGGUUCGAAGAGGGCGACAUAAGUGAGGGGUUUAGGGAAGACCAAGUGGACAACAUGCAGAACGGUCAUGGAGCAGAGGGGGAUGAGUUCCAGGGACGGAGAUACUUGUCCCCUGCACAGAGAAGGAUGCCGCAACACAAGGACAGGCCAGAAGAGCAGGAUACCAUCAGCCAGGCGACUGAUAUUAGUGAGUACCCCUACCCUGAGGAGGAGGGAGGAUUGACAGCAGAGAUGUACAGAGAAGCACUGCUGGAGGAUCCAACGUCAUGGCCUCCGGAAAACAUAGCAGAAGGAGGGUCUGAUGAAGAGGAAGAUGAUGUUGACAAGACAGCCAGCACUCUGAGGUCAUCCAUUUUGGAUUGGUCUGAACGUCUGAACUUCAUAAUGUUUAUUUGUAAAUACAGAAAUUUUUAGUAUCUAGGACUCAGGCAAGAAAACAUUGACACUACAAGCACAAGACUAUAAUGUAUUGUAAUGUUUUGCAAGACUUAGUCCAGUUACACACUUUGAUUUAACCUUCUUGCUCUAUCUGGCCUGGGGUAGACACUGUUAUACAUGUACAUGGUACCAGUAUCAAACUGCUUUUUCUUGAUAGAAAAGAAAAAAACAAACUGGAAAAAUCAGUGUACCAGAUACAUAAUGUGUGGAUGUGAAUUGAAAAUAUGAAACAAUAAUUACAACACAGAGUUCUUGCUUUAUCUGUUUAAUUUUCAAUUAUUCCACUUAGCCAGAGCUAAUCUAUCAACUUCACGGUAAUUAUGGUAGGUUAUAUUAUUAUUUUGUAAUCUUUCUAGCUUUGGAUAAAAUAAGAUCUUGAUUUCUUCCAUUGCACAAUAUCAUAUAUCAACAUUUACUGAUAUGAGUGAAAUAUGUUAUGAUACCUACAUUGUAUCAGUGUACAUGUGUGUAGUACUAUAGAGUAUUUACUAUAUAUAUACAUAGUAUUACUGUUGUAAAAAUAUCUUGAUAAUAAACUCUACAAGUGAGUA